UGCUGAUAGCAAAGAAAAAUCCCAGUUCCCCGCGCAUUGAGCUACAUAAAGCCCAAUCAUUCAGCUCAAUGAAAAAUAUCAAUACUUAUGUUUUUAGGUUUCAGUGAGUUAUUUAGGAUACUUCCUGUAAUGGAUGGAGUUCACAGAAAUACGUCAUGCAGCUUAUUUUUGUCUGCUAGCAACGACGCUAGCUCUUUUUGACAGGAAACUACACUCACUGAGAAUUAAACGGUGUUUUUUACGGGAUGUAAGUGAAUGCACCACAAGCAUCUGACUACUUUCUGUGAUUUCGGCGUAGUCGUGGGUCCAUCACAACACACCAUGAGGAGGAUGGCGGAGGAGAUUCAACCCUUUAAGGAACAGGGCUCCUGGAUGUUGAGUUGGCUUCCCUCUUGGUGCCCCACAUCUCCCUCUCAGCUGAAAAAUGCAGAAGAAAAAAUGCUCAAAAAUGUGAAGCAGCCUUUCUCCAGGCAGCAUGUCAGAAUAUCCAACAACAACUACAUGUGGACCUUAGCUUUCUCCACUCCUCUGCAGCCACACUUCCCCCCUCAUCUCUCCUCCCCAACAAGACCUCCCCUGGUUCUGCUGCAUGGCUUUGGAGGAGGAGUAGCUCUUUGGGCCCAAAACUUGGACUCUUUGUCCAGCAGUGGACCGGUCUAUGCUCUAGACUUGUUCGGCUUUGGCAGAAGCAGUCACCCUCAGUUCAGUACCGAUGCAGAGAGGGCUGAGGAGCAGUUCCUGACAGCCCUGGAGGAGUGGAGGGAGCGGGUCGGACUGGAAGAAAUGGUGCUGCUGGGACACAACCUGGGAGGAUAUCUGUCCGCAGCAUAUACACUCAAACAUCCACACAGAGUAAAACAUCUGCUGCUGGUGGAGCCGUGGGGGUUCCCAGCUCGUCCUGAAAACCCCAACGACAUCUCCAUCCCAGUGUGGAUCAGAGCCAUGGGGGCUGUGAUGAGUCCCUUCAACCCUCUGGCUGCACUCAGACUGGCUGGACCUCUAGGUCCAAUGCUGGUUCAGACAAUCAGGUCGGACUUUAAGCAGAAGUACUCCUCUGUGUUUGAUGACAACACCGUAUCUGACUACAUCUACCAUCUCAACGCCCAGACUCCAAGCGGAGAAACAGCCUUUAGGAACAUGACCAUACCGUACGGCUGGGCUAAGAGGCCCAUGCUUCGGAGGAUCGGCCAGAUCCAAGCAGGCAUUCCCAUUUCCUUCAUCUAUGGAUCGCGCUCCAGUAUUGACAGUGACUCAGGAUACGCGUUCAAGAAGACCAGACCGGACGUGGAGAUCAUAGUGAUCAGAGGAGCAGGCCAUUAUGUUUUUGCCGACCAGCCUGACGACUUCAACCAGACAGUCCUUCGGAUCCUCUCUGGAGCAGAAAAGAAAGAAAAUGGGGAAACAAUUCCACAACAGCUCCCUAAUACAGCCACAGCAGAUUAACUCAAGAAUGCUUGGCAGCCCCCCUGCAGCUCCCACAUUACACCGAGGCCUCAGAGUCAAAUCCUGACAGCAUUUCCAUUCUGAGUGAAGACUGAGAACCAGAGGUGGAGCUCGCCAGCUGGUGUUUUAUUCUCUACAAGCAGGAAAAGCUGUCGAUGGGAUGAUUCUCUUCACUCAGAAGAAGGAAUGACAUGGAUUCAAAGAGGCAUUGAGACUUUUAUCUCAUCAGUGACAUCACUGGGGCUCAUGUGAAGAGCUGCUCAUUCAGAAAAUCCUGUGAGGCUUUUAAAAUCCUCCUUCACUGCAGAAAGAUGCAAAAAAUGUGUGAUGAAAUGGUGGAAAGCAUUUAUAAGUGUGCGAAGUGGGAUAGGAUUGGAAAAAUGUGACAAGAAAGGGGAAAAGGGACAAAACAUGGGAGAGAAAACUGUGGAAAGUGGUUAUUGAGUGGAAAAAAAGGAAUACGUCUGGGAAAAUAGGUAAGAAAGGCAAAAAUGGGCACAAAACAGAUGGGUAAAAUUUGAAAAGUGGCAAAAAUGGGUCAAAAAAGACAGAAAGAGGCAGAAAAAAAAGGUGG